AAUGCAGAACCUUUCCAAGUUACUGUCCGAGAAGACAAUUGUAUCAUUGUCUCCCUGGAAGCAUCUGAUGUGGUGAGCUCAUCCUCUGUAUAUGUUGUGAAGAUAGCUGGAGAAUCCAAGAACUACUUUUUCCAGUUCGAAGAAUUCAAUAGCACUUUACCUGCCCCUGUGGUUUUUAAUGCCAAAUACCAUGGCCUAUAUUACAUAGUAACUCUGUUGGUAGUGAACUCAAAUAUGGUUUCCAAGUCAGCAAGAUCAAUCACUGUGUUAACCAAACCCCUUCCUGUGAGCAGUGUUUCUAUCUAUGAUUACAAACCAUCUCCAGAAACAGGAGUGUUGUUUGAAAUUCAGUAUCCGGAGAAGUACAAUGUUUUUACCAGGGUAAAUAUAAGCUAUUGGGAAGGAAAAGACUACCGAACAAUGCUGUACAAAGACUUCUUUAAAGGUAAAACAGUUUUCAAUCACUGGCUGCCAGGUAUAUGCUACAGUAACAUCACAUUUCAGUUGGUGUCAGAAGCAACCUUCAACAAAAGCACGCUGGUGGAAUACAGUGGGGUCAGGCAUGAACCCAAGCAGCACAGAACAGUUCCUUAUCCACCUCGAAACAUUUCUGUCCAGAUUAUACCAAUCAGUAGAAACAACUGGGAAGAGCACAGUGGAAAUUUUCCAGAAGAAUCAUUCAUAGGACCACAAGAUAACACAUCUUAUGCCUGGCCAGAUUACCGCUAUAACAGCACCGAGGAUGAAGCCACAUCACAGCCGUACUGGUGGUCUAACGAAGCUGAAUCGUCAGAGGGCGAAGAGGAAUUUGUCAACACUACUCCCAAGGAUUAUGAGACCAGUGAAGGGAAUUUGUCAGCAGUGCUGACGCCAGAGCCCCCCUCUUUCCUUCCUGUGCAAAUGGUGCUCACUUGGUUACCACCAAAGCCACCAACGGCGUUUGAUGGUUUCCAUAUCAAUAUUGAAAGGGAAGAGAACUCCACAGAAUUUCUGACAGUAAGCGAGGAUACGCACAAAUUUGUUGCUGAACUGAAAGAACCAGGGAAAUAUAAGUUGUCUGUAACAACAUUUAGUUCUUCUGGCUCUUGUGAAGUUCGGGAAAGUCAAUCAGCAAAAACACUCAGUUUUUACAUCAGCCCCACAGGGGAAUGGAUAGAAGAGCUGACGGAGAAGCCCCAGCACGUGACCGUGACAGUUCUGAGCUCCACAACUGCCCUGACAUCCUGGACAGCCUCACAAGAGAGCAGCAGCAACGGUACCAUCGUGUCCGUCGUCUCUUUGACCUGUCAGAAGCAAAAGGAAAGCCAAAGGCUUGAAAAACAUUAUUGCACUCAGGUGAAUUCCAGCAAUAGCCUCAUUGAAAAUCUUGUUCCUGGUGCCCAGUACCAGGUUGUCGUUUACUUACGGAAAGGACCAUUGGUUGGACCACCUUCUGAUCCUGUUAAAUUUUCCAUUGUGCCCACUGGAAUAAAGGAUUUGACGCUUUACCCUUUGGGACCUACUGCUGUGGUUUUGAGCUGGAACAGACCUUUCCUUGGGGUGUUCAGGAAAUAUGUUGUAGAAAUGUUUUACUUCAACCCAUCAACGAUGACCUCAGAGUGGACAACCUACUAUGAAAUAGCAGCAACCAUCUCCUUAACCGCCUCAGUGAGAAUAGCCAACCUGUUGCCUGCCUGGUAUUACAAUUUCCGGGUUACCAUGGUGACCUGGGGAGACCCGGAGCUGAGCUGCUGUGACAGCUCCACCAUCAGCUUCAUCACAGCACCAGUGGCACCUGAGAUCACCUCCAUCGAGUAUUCCAACCACCUUCUGUACAUCAGCUGGAGCUAUGGAGGAGAUGGUACUGACCUUUCUCAUUCCAGGAUGCUGCAUUGGAUGGUCAUUGCAGAAGGAAAGAAAAAAAUCAAAAAGAGCGUAACACGCAGUGUGAUGACUGCAGUGUUGAGCUUGCCUCCGGGGGACAUUUACAACCUUUCAGUGACAGCUUGUACUGAAAGAGGCAGCAAUACUUCCUUGCCCCAGCUUGUGAAAUUGGAACCAGCCCCUCCAAAAUCACUGUUUGCUGUCAACAAGACUCAGACUUCAAUAACUCUGCUAUGGGUGGAAGAAGGAGUGGCUGAUUUCUUUGAAGUCUACUGCCUGCAGGCUGGAUCUGGUCAAGAAACAAAAGUCCAGGAACCUAUCACUGUCUCAUCACACGUAGUGACAAUCUCCAGCCUAACCCCUGCCACUUCCUACAACUGCAGCGUGACCACCUUCAGCCACAACAGUCCCAGUGUCCCCACUUUCAUUGCUGUCUCCACUAUGGUCACUGAGAUGAAUCCCAACGUAGUGGUAAUCUCUGUGUUAGCCAUCCUAAGUAUCCUUCUGAUUGGACUGCUUCUGGUGACUCUCGUUGUACUGAGGAGAAAGCAUCUGCAAAUGGCCAGGGAGUGCGGGGCUGGAACCUUUGUCAAUUUUGCAUCAUUAGAGAGAGAUGGAAAGCUUCCCUACAACUGGCGUAGAAGUGUAUUUGCUUUCCUAACUCUGCUACCCUCAUGCCUUUGGACUGAUUAUCUUUUGGCAUUUUAUAUUAAUCCUUGGAGUAAAAACGGGUUAAAGAAGAGAAAGCUGACCAACCCCGUCCAGUUGGAUGAUUUUGACGGCUACAUCAAGGAUAUGGCCAAAGAUUCAGAUUAUAAAUUUUCUCUGCAAUUUGAGGAGCUAAAACUGAUUGGGCUUGACAUACCCCACUUUGCUGCUGACCUUCCCAUGAAUCGCUGUAAAAAUCGCUACACAAAUAUCCUACCAUAUGAUUUUAGCCGUGUCCGGUUAGUUUCAAUGAAUGAAGAAGAGGGUUCCGACUACAUUAAUGCCAACUAUAUUCCUGGUUACAAUUCACCCCAGGAAUACAUUGCAACACAAGGGCCAUUGCCAGAAACUAGGAAUGAUUUUUGGAAGAUGGUUCUUCAACAAAAAUCUCAAAUUAUUGUUAUGCUCACUCAAUGUAAUGAGAAAAGAAGGGUGAAAUGUGACCAUUAUUGGCCUUUUACGGAAGAUCCUAUUGCAUAUGGAGACAUCACGGUGGAGAUGCUGUCUGAGGAGGAACACACAGACUGGGUUUAUAGGAAUUUCCGAAUUAGCUACGCCGAUGAGGUGCAAGACGUGAUGCAUUUUAACUACACUGCCUGGCCUGACCACGGGGUGCCCACGGCCAACGCUGCCGAAAGCAUCCUGCAGUUCGUGCAGAUGGUCAGACAGAAGUCAGCAAAGAACAAAGGGCCCAUGAUUAUACACUGCAGUGCUGGAGUGGGGCGAACAGGCACCUUCAUAGCCCUGGAUCGGCUCUUACAGCACAUUCGUGAUCACGAGUUUGUAGAUAUAUUAGGUCUGGUGUCUGACAUGCGGUCCUACAGGAUGUCCAUGGUACAGACAGAGGAACAAUACAUUUUUAUUCACCAGUGUGUGCAGUUGAUGUGGCAAAAGAAGAAGCAGCAGUUCUGUAUCAGUGAUGUCAUAUAUGAGAACGUCAGCAAGUCCUAGUUCAGAAUCACAGGUGGUGAGACCAUGAAGCACACCCAUCUUCCCUUGCUUCUGAAUUAUUUUUUCUUUGGAUGGUUUGAACUGCCUGUUGUUCUGCCAUGAGAGGUCACUGCUUUGCAGUACGCGGACA